AUGAUCAGCAGGAAGCAGCGGGGAUGGAACCCACACCCUGCAGGGAGAGGACCGAGUCACGUCUUCUGAUUAGUCUCCCGUCCCGUUAUCUCCUGUUGUUAUCACUUAUCGGACCCGUUCAUAUCAACGCGUCUUCGAGUGCAUCUGCUGUAAAAGCUUCUUAGCUGUUAUACUCAAAUAUAUUUCACCACGGAAAGAAACGAGCUCCUCCGGGACUCGAACUGAAGAUGAUGACGCGGAGGGGAGGACCACUGGCCGGGAGCCAGUGAGGGUAUUCGGGUAAACAUGCAGAACCAAACCGAGGACCAGAAGAAUCCUGAUCCUCAGGGGACCACCCUGAGCGGGUUCUUCUCCGGUCCAGGGAACCCGGUGGUCCCGACAGAAGCUCCAGUCCAGCUGGAGUUCAGGAGGACAUCGGUGACCCAGGACUACACGCUCACGGCCCGGGUCCUGGGCUUCGGCAUCAACGGCAAAGUGCUGCAGUGCUUCUGCAAGAAGACCCGUCAGAAGUGUGCCCUCAAGAUCCUGUACGACACUCCGAAGGCGCGGCGCGAGAUGGAGCUGCACUGCCGGGCGCUGGCCGGGCCGCACAUCGUCCGGGUCCUCAGCCUCUACGAGAACCUGCACCAGGGCCGGAGGUGCCUGCUCAUGGUGAUGGAGUGCAUGGAGGGCGGAGAGCUGUUUAGUCGCAUCCAGCACCGAGGGGACCAGGCCUUCACAGAGAGAGAGGCGUCUGACAUCAUGCGGGACAUCGGCUCGGCCAUCCAGUUCCUGCACUGCAUGGACGUGGCCCACCGAGACGUGAAGCCGGAGAACCUGCUGUACUCCACUAAGGAGAGCAACGCCGUCCUGAAGCUCACCGACUUCGGCUUCGCCAAGGAGACCACCAUCCACAACUCCCUGCAGACCCCCUGCUACACCCCCUACUACGUGGCCCCCGAGGUGCUCGGCCCGGAGAAGUAUGACAAGUCAUGUGACAUGUGGUCUCUGGGUGUCAUCAUGUACAUCCUGCUGUGUGGGUUCCCCCCCUUCUACUCCAACACGGGCGCGGCCAUCUCCCCCGGCAUGAAGCAGAGGAUCCGCAUGGGCCAGUACGAGUUCCCCACCCCGGAGUGGGAGGACGUCUCUGAACAAGCCAAACAGCUCAUUGUCCAGUUACUGAAGACGGACCCUAAUGAGAGGAUGACCAUCGGACAGUUUAUGAACCACCCCUGGAUCAGUCAGGCCAUGGAGGUCCCGCCCACCCCGCUACACACCUCCAGGGUGCUGACGGAGGAGAGAGAGCUGUGGGACGACGUGAAGGAGGAGAUGACCAGCGCUCUCGCCACCAUGCGAGUGGAUUACGACCAGGUGAAGAUCAAAGACCUGGACACCUCCAACAACCCGCUGCUCAUCAAGAGACGCAAGAGGCCGGCGCCCGAGGCAGCGGAGAGGGGGGAGGACGAGCAGGGCAGCGUGGGUGGAGGGGCGGUCUGGGCGGAGUAGGAGUGGUCUGGGCGGAGUAGGAGGGGUCUGGGUGGUGUAGGAGGGGUCUUGGGGGAGUAGGGGCCGUCUGGGUGGAGUAGGAGCGGUUUGGGUGGAGUAGGAGCGGUUUGGGUGGAGUAGGAGGGGUCUGGGUGGAGUAGGGGCGGUCUGGGUGGAGUAGGAGCGGUCUGGACGGAGUAGGAGUGGUCUGGGUGGAGUAGGAGUGGUCUGGGUGGAGUAGGAGCAGUCUGGGCGGAGUAGGGGCGGUCUGGGCGGAGUAGGGGCGGUCUGGGUGGAGUAGGGGCGGUCUGGGUGGAGUAGGAGUGGUCUGGAUGGAGUUGGAGCAAUCUGGGUGGAGUAAUAGUGGAGUAGGAGUGGUUUGGGUGGAGUAGGGGCAGUCUGGGUGGGGUAGGAGCGGUCUGGUGGAGUAGGAGGGGUCUGGGUGGAGUAGGAGCAGUCUGGGUGGAGUAGGAACGGUCUAGGUGGAGUAGAGACAGUCUGGGUGGAGGAGGAGCGGUCUGGGUGGAGUAGGAGCAGACUGGGUGGAGUAGGAACGGUCUGGGUGGAGUAGGAGCGGACUGGGCUGACCGAGGCUGAUUGAAACAUUCAUAGCUUUUAUGUUUUUUUCACAAUCCAACUCCCUAACUCACGCCUUGUGCCUCUGAUGUGUUUUAACGGUUUUAAAUGUUCAAUAAAAUUUGUAUGAUUGGAUUUGAA